GGGGCGCAGCGCAGCGCAGCGCAGCGCAGGAGCGGAUCCGCGCAGCCCGCGCCGCGGCCGGGCAUGGCCAGACUCAGCGAGGGCGAGGCGAGGAGGCAGCCGCAGCCGCAGCUCCUGCAGCCCCGAGCCGCCCCCAUGAGCGGCAGCGGCGGCAGCUCCGAGCCCCCCGCGCCGCAGCCCGACAGCAUGAAGGACCUGGAUGCCAUCAAGCUCUUCGUGGGGCAGAUCCCCCGCAACCUGGAGGAGCGCGACCUCAAGCCGCUCUUCGAGCAGUUCGGCAAGAUCUACGAGCUCACCGUGCUCAAGGACCGCUACACCGGCAUGCACAAGGGCUGCGCGUUUCUCACGUACUGUGCCAGAGACUCUGCGAUCAAAGCCCAGACUGCGCUCCACGAACAGAAGACUUUGCCAGGGAUGGCGCGCCCGAUCCAGGUGAAGCCAGCGGACAGCGAGAGCCGUGGAGGUAGGGACAGGAAGCUCUUCGUGGGGAUGUUGAACAAGCAGCAGUCCGAGGACGACGUGCUCCGGCUCUUCGAGCCCUUCGGGGUCAUCGACGAGUGCACGGUGCUGCGGGGACCCGACGGCAACAGCAAAGGUGCGGGUUCGCGGGUGUCUCACGCCUGUCCCACAGGCUGCGCCUUUGUGAAGUUCUCAUCUCACACCGAGGCCCAGGCGGCAAUCCACGCUCUCCACGGCAGCCAGACCAUGCCCGGUGCUUCUUCCAGUCUAGUGGUGAAGUUUGCUGACACAGAUAAGGAGAGGACCCUGCGGCGGAUGCAGCAAAUGGUGGGGCAGCUGGGGAUUUUCACUCCUUCGCUCACCUUGCCCUUCAGCCCGUACAGCGCGUACGCGCAGGCUCUGAUGCAGCAGCAGACGACGGUCCUCUCCACCUCCCACGGCAGCUACCUGAGCCCUGGCGUCACCUUCUCGCCCUGCCACAUCCAGCAGAUCGGCGCCGUCAGUCUGAACGGGCUGCCGGCCACCCCCAUCGCCCCGGCUUCAGGGCUGCACUCGCCUCCUCUCCUGGGCACGGCUGCCGUGCCAGGCCUGGUGGCGCCCAUCGCAAACGGGUUCACCGGGGUGGUGCCUUUCCCCAACGCCCACCCGACGCUGGAGACCGUCUACACCAACGGCCUCGUGCCCUACCCAGCCCAGAGCCCAUCGGUGGCAGAGACGCUGCAUCCAGCCUUCACGGGGGUCCAACAGUAUGCAGCCGUGUACCCAACCACAACCAUCACCCCGAUCGCCCAGACUGUCCCCCAGCCUCCCCCCCUCCUGCAGCAGCAGCAGCGAGAAGGCCCGGAAGGCUGCAAUCUCUUCAUCUACCACCUGCCUCAGGAGUUUGGAGACAACGAGCUGAUGCAGAUGUUCCUGCCCUUUGGCAACAUCAUCUCCUCCAAGGUGUUCAUGGACCGAGCCACCAACCAGAGCAAGUGCUUCGGUUUUGUGAGCUUCGAUAACCCCUCCAGUGCCCAGACAGCCAUCCAGGCCAUGAACGGCUUCCAGAUCGGGAUGAAGAGGUUGAAGGUUCAGCUAAAGCGACCCAAGGACGCCAGCCACCCCUACUGACAGUAGGUGCAACCCGGAGUCGGUGUUGCAGCACAGGUGAAGGCAAAAGUCCUGAGGAAGAAAUCUUGCUUCAGGUCGCUUGACAAGCAAGGCCAGUAAAUUUUACAGACUCUUUGGAUACUGCCCCUUUCCUCUCCCCUCUCCCCCACCAAAAAAAACCUGAAAAAAAAAUAAAACGUGAACGGCCGAAGAGCAGCGAAGCGCUGGAAGGGCUUGCCAGCUCCCCCGGCGGGGGACCUUCUUGCCACGACGGUCCCAGACCGCUCGGGCCAGGCCUGGACUUGACGGACCAAGCCAAGUGUCUCCAGGUCAUGUGAGCACCUCCCGGGACUUUGGCCUCCCCCCCCCGAUCCGCCCUUUUCAUAUAUAAAUAGAAAUAUAAAUAUAUAUAUAUAGUCUCUAUUUUUUUUUAAAACGUGAAAUGCAGGACCAAACUUUUCCAUGCAGAGACUUCCUCCUUCGUGCCGGAGGGGUUGGGAGCAAAGGGUUACCUCCGAGGCAGCAGCUCCUUGGCAGGGACUGCCAAAAAACAUUUAAAAAAAAAAAAGGGCCUGAACCGUUGCCGGAGGACGUGUGUUCGGAGAGAUCCUCACUCAGUGCUAGCAAGAGGCGAGGGGGGAGAAAGCACUAUAUACCUCCAGGAACCGGUCAGCUCAAGAUUCAUUCACCUGCCAACCUUAGCACCAGCUUGGUUACAGACCUGGAGAGCUCUGGGUUACCUUCGAAAGGGCUUCUGCAGAGCAAGCGACUGGGAUCUGGCUCCAAAGGCCACCCGGGCACUCCUGGGUCGGGCAGAACGUACCGUCCCCUGCGCCCACGGGCACAGCACCGCCUCCGAAGCAUCCUUCUCCAUUCUCCGCGGCGCCGGGGAGGUCUCUGGACCAAUCCAAGGAGAAAGCUGCCUGCGACGGCCUACACACUGCCUCCCCGUACCGGCGUAAACGCGGCGCGGCGUUUCCAGACCAACCGGUCCAUUAGCAAUGACACUUUCUGCAGCUGAAUUUAACAGGGAGGGAAACAACCUCUUAAUCCCUCGGCAAAGCUUUUUCUUUCUUUUUUUUUUUUUUUUGGAGCAGAUGCACAGAAGACGACAUUAUGGGGUGGGGUUUUUUUUUUUUCUCUCCACCUCCUCCAAAGGACAAACUAUACAGUAUGCAGCUUAUAUAGACUCUAUAAAUAUAUAUACACGCACUUAAGCACAGAACACAGCUCGAGCUUGGUUAGAGACCUUCGCCGAAGCAGGGAUCGUACAGCUGAGAAGCAUCCGUGUAACAACUCGAAGGCAGUCCGGUCAAGUUUCUACCAAAAUAAGGGGAAAAAAACAAAAAAAACCCAAUCUUCUGAAUAACUGGUUUGGCUAUUACAGAGUUUGAUAAUGUAUCAAGAACAUUCCUGUGUGCGUGUGUCCGCGUGGGUCUGCAAAGUCAGCAGAGGGUUGGUGGGAAAAGACUGUUGUAGAAGAGCGAUCCAGUUGGGGAUGGGCUAGGUUUCUCUUGGGAACGUUGUAGUGUCUAGUCCGUCUCCAGUAUCCCUUGUGCAGGUGUCCUCCUGGCUCUUUCAAACAAAAAAAAAAGUACGUGUGUGUGUGUGUGUGUGUGCGCGUCUCUUCAGUCAACCCUCUGUGUCCGAUUGUGAGCGUACGUGCGAGAGCGAGAGCGCGUGCGAGAGAGAUGCCGUGUUGGAAGCUUGUGUGUUUCUAUAGUCCAUGUUUACUGAUUGUACAUACCAUUUUUAUACUUAACAUCUAUGAUGUACGUGAUUUGUAUAAUGUACUUUAUUUCUGCUACAAGUAAUUUCAUGACGUUUGGACUGGAAAUCUAAUUUUGAACAAAAAAAAAGGACCAAAAAAAAAAAAAAAAAGAAGACAUAUUACCAAACAGCAAAACAUAGAGGAAAGGACUUUGGAGACUGUCCGCUAUGCUUAAAACGAGCGGCGAAGAGCGGGUUCUUCCGUCACGGUUCCCAGCGGGACCGUGGCACGUUGCAGGUGAGCUACAGGCUUCGUCUUACUGUCCGACUCCUCACUCUGGUCUGAAGAAUCCUGGAUUUAUUUAAUAAAGGUUUUACUUGCUA